ACCCCAAAGCCUUCAGGCCAGCCUUGGCUGCUUCUGGCAUCAUGGAGGUGUUUGAAUGCACACACGAGCAGCGCACACACAUGCAGCCAUAAAAAGCGGAGGAGCUCCUCAUCAGCAGUAUUAAACGGACAGAGCUGGGCUCAGAGUGCUGCUGGAUGUAUGAAGCUGAGCGCAAACCCAAGAGCAGAGGUAACCUCCUCUAUAAGAGCUCACUGAGGUGACACUGCCAGCUUACUUUGCCAGCAUCAGCCAGACUAAUUGCCAUGGGUCCCAGCGGCUGGAGACUGUGUGCACUCUUCUGCGCCUGGGUAUUGAGUGAAAGCAUGGGCCUGUCUCGGAGACGAAGGGGCUCAGAGGACGAUGGGCUUCCUAAAAAGUGCUCAUACACCUUCCUUGUUCCCGAGCAGAAGAUCACAGGACCCAUCUGUGCAAGCCGCGGACCAGCACUUCCCGACAAGGACCGUGUGACACGGUUGGACAUAGUGGAUGUGCGUGAGCUGCUGUCCAAGCAGAGGCGUGAGAUGGACACUCUGCGGAUGGUGGUGGAUGUGGAUGGCAACAUGGUGAGUGAGAUGAAGCUUCUGCGGAAGGAGUCGCGCAACAUGAACUCACGAGUCACGCAACUCUACAUGCAGCUGCUGCACGAGAUCAUCCGCAAGCGAGACAACUCGCUGGAGAUCGCGCAGCUGGAGGGCCGCAUCCUCAACGCCACAGCCGAGGCGCUGCGCCUCUCUGCUCGCUACAGGGAGCUUGAGGUACGGUUCUCUGCCCUUGCCUCAGUUGUCAAUAACCAGUCCGUCCUGAUUGGUGCUCUGGAGGAGAGGUGUUUGCAGGUGUACGGGAGUCGCAGGCAGGAGCCACUUGCCCCACCGCUGGUCCAGGUUGUUCCUGAGAACAUCCCAGUGCAUGUGCCCCGUCUUUCCAAUGAGAUUCAGAGGGAUCACAGUCGGUCUUUCCCCAGGGACAGGGGCUCCAGAGCGGGCCCAGAACCCACUGGGAGUACCCUGGAAGCUAAACAACCUCCAGAUGGCAACUUCAGCUCAGAAGGUCCUUUCCGUGACUGCCUCCACGCGAUACAGGCUGGCCACGAUACCAGCGGGAUGUACCUCCUGAAACCGGAUGGGACCGAGAGGCCGUUCCAGGCCUGGUGCGAGCAUGACCUGGACAACGGAGGCUGGACCAUCAUUCAGAGGAGGAAGGAUGGAUCUGUCAACUUUUUCAGGAACUGGGAGAGUUAUAAGAAAGGCUUUGGCAACAUAGACAGCGAGCACUGGUUGGGGCUGGACAAUAUUUACAAUCUGGCCAAGCAGGGCGACUACAAGCUGCUGGUGGAGAUGCAGGACUGGAUGGAGAAGAAGGUCUACGCGGCCUACAGCAGCUUCCACCUGGAGCCCGAGAGUGAAUCGUACCGGCUGCGUCUGGGCAUCUACCAGGGCAACGCCGGGGAUUCGUUAACCAGCCAUAAUGGCAAACAGUUCACCACCCUGGACCGUGACAAGGACACCUUUUCAGGUAACUGUGCUCACUUCCACAAAGGCGGCUGGUGGUACAACGCGUGUGGGCAGACCAAUCUGAACGGAGUGUGGUAUUCCGGAGGAGUCUAUCGCAGCAAGUUCCAGGAUGGAAUUUUCUGGGCCGACUACGGUGGAGGCUUCUACUCCAUGAAGACUGUGCGCAUGAUGAUCAGGCCCAUUGACUGAAUCACGAACACUGCCAAAGACUCCACAUAGCUACACUUCUCCAAGCAUAUUCAGAGGCCAAGUGGCCACAUUGGAGAGGGGGAAAAAGUCCAGUUCCCAGUUCUGUUUUUAAAUGUACAUAAUAGCUCAGAUGGCAGACCUCAUGAGCAGGACAUGGAGCUCAGCUUGUAAAGGUUCUUCCUCAUCCCUGUGUAUCCUCUAAGCACAUGUCCUCUCUACACAUUGCACCAAGGGUGGAGUUUUGGUUUUCCGAGAAACGACGGGCCUUUGUGAAGUUUGAUAUUUGUCUGCUUGACACUUUUGAAGAUUUGAAACCUUAUUUCUUUGCUCCUUGAGCUCCACCAUAGUAUCAUUCAACCUGUAAGGCUGUGUCUUCUCAGAACUUGUUACUAGCAUAAUCGCCAAAACCAUGGAAUGGGUGCAUCCAUAUAUCCCUACAUCAGUGAUUUAGUCUACUUCUGAUCCCUUUGAGAGUCAGUGCAUGCUGCAGUUCUAUUAAUUAUAUAUGCAUCAUCUGGAUUAUGAGUAGAACUGCCAAAUUUAGCGAUUUCCUAAUCUGACUUUGAAAGCAGGGGUGACGAAAACUGGAGUCUGAAAAGUGGAAAGUUCAUGCUCAUGUUCCCCUCAUCCCCAGUGGACAUGCCACCUCUGCACAUCACUAAGAUACCAAAAACAAUACCAGAGAUGUUAAUGCAAGUCUUCUCAUUCGGGUUGAAUCUCUGGGGUGUGCGGCUGAAUCGAGUCCCGAGUCUUUAGCAGAGAAUCUUUGUUAAGUCUUGCUGCAUUACAGGAUUGUUCCGCCAUAUUGGCAGGGUUUGUCCUUUGUUUACAUGCUGCAAAUGCUCACUAACACUGUCAGAGCUUAAAGACAUCGCUGUUUUAUUGUAUAUAAAACAUAUAACAUAUUUUAAAUACCAAUUAUAUGGUGAUAAAAUCAUGUAUCUGUACAAAAUCCCAAACAAUGGUGUGGAGUAGUGAUCUAGAUCUAGCCUUCCUAGCUGUGCCUAUUCUUUUCACCAAUUCAGAGUUUUGCAGGUCAUUCAGAUCCCCUGUACAGUUUCCAGCUGGUCAUUCCGCUCAGCCCCUGACAGAUUUAACUCAGGGCCUUGUUUCUCUCAGCGGCUGGACUACUCUACCGCAGCUGGCCUUUUGGCAAGUGUUGCUUUCCUAGCUAGUUAGCAAAUCAAUGAUAUUCUUACUGUACUGUACUACAUUAAACCCCAUAAAACUCCAUAUUAGAUCAUGUAAGGCUCACGUUUACACUGAAGAGGCAGUCAAUUUAAUGUCUUUAAAAGAAACAGAUGCAUAAAUACUAAUAUUCUGACCCUCUACUAUACCUUCCUUCAUCUCAAACCCCAGGGAAACAGUGUUUCCAAGGAAAACCAUUAGGUUUGUUGAUCAUGGCAGUAUCAAUGCAUAUCUCACCACCAAGCUGAGAUUUAAGAUCUUGAUCUUAAUCUUAAAGUCACUUUAUCUUAAUCUUAAUCAAUGCAUAUCUUACCACCAAGCUGAGAUUUAAGAUCUUAAUCUUAAAGUCGCUUAAUCUUAAUCUUAAUCUUAAUCAAUGCAUAUCUCACCACCAAGCUGAGAUUUAAGAUCUUAAUCUUAAUCUUAAAGUCACUUAAUCUUAAUCUUAAUCAAUGCAUAUCUCACCACCAAGCUGAGAUUUAAGAUCUUAAUCUUAAUCUUAAAGUCACUUAAUCUUAAUCUUAAUCAAUGCAUAUCUCACCACCAAGCUGAGAUUUAAGAUCUUAAUCUUAAUCUUAAAGUCACUUAAUCUUAAUCUUAAUCAAUGCAUAUCUUACCACCAAGCUGAGAUUUAAGAUCUUAAUCUUAAAAUCGCUUAAUCUUAAUCUUAAUCUUAAUCAAUGCAUAUCUCAUCACCAAGAUGAGAUUUAAGAUCUUAAUCUUAAUAUUAAAGUCACUUAAUCUUAAUCUUAAUCAAUGCAUAUCUCACCACCAAGAUGAGAUUUAAGAUCUUAAUAUUAAUCUUAAAGUCACUUAAUCUUAAUCUUAAUCAAUGCAUAUCUCACCACCAAGCUGAGAUUUAAGAUCUUAAUCUUAAUCUUAAAGUCACUUAAUCUUAAUCUUAAUCAAUGCAUAUCUCACCACCAAGCUGAGAUUUAAGAUCUUAAUCUUAAUCUUAAAGUCACUUAAUCUUAAUCUUAAUCAAUGCAUAUCUUACCACCAAGCUGAGAUUUAAGAUCUUAAUCUUAAAAUCGCUUAAUCUUAAUCUUAAUCAAUGCAUAUCUCAUCACCAAGAUGAGAUUUAAGAUCUUAAUCUUAAUAUUAAAGUCACUUAAUCUUAAUCUUAAUCAAUGCAUAUCUCACCACCAAGAUGAGAUUUAUGAUCUUAAUCUUAAUCUUAAAGUCACUUAAUCUUAAUCUUAAUCAAUGCAUAUCUCACCACCAAGCUGAGAUUUAAGAUCUUAAUCUUAAUCUUAAAGUCACUUAAUCUUAAUCUUAAUCAAUGCAUAUCUUACCACCAAGCUGAGAUUUAAGAUCUUAAUCUUAAAAUCGCUUAAUCUUAAUCUUAAUCAAUGCAUAUCUCAUCACCAAGAUGAGAUUUAAGAUCUUAAUCUUAAACUUAAUCAAUCACCACCAAGAUGAGAUUUGCUUCAUAUUCACCAGCUUCCCUUCUGAAACACCAACACAGAUCAGCAUGAAUUCCAUGCUAGUCUAAACUGGUUUAUGCUGAUUUAGCUGGUCACCCAGCAUGGUUAUCCUGGAUGACCAGCAUGCCAGCAUCCACAAAACAUCAUAUUUGCUCAUUUUUCUGGGGGGGGGUCUCCUUCAAAUCUUUUAAUGGUGAAGGACUUACUUUCUUCUGACUUUGAGGUGUUUGUAAACAGUUAGUUUGCCGAUUCCAAAUGUCCUAAAUCCACUAAAUGGUGUUAAAAGUCAGCUUGAGGCUCAUGUUUAUUGCUACUUUCACUCAAGGUGCCAAAUAUAUGGGGUUCUGGGGGUGUCCAGGGGGUCCUAAUCUGUUGGAUCGCUUGAAUGUCUCAAAGUUCUGGGGGGAAAAUAAACUAAAUAAAUGUUUAGCUGCUUCACCCACA